UCUAAUUCCCGAACCGAGACGUCACGUGUCAAUGUUCGUCCUACGACAUAAAACGACAGAUAAGAAUGUUCGCUUAUCGCGACCCGACGCAUCAACUCGACGUAGUCGGUGUGAACGUCGACUUAACGACCGCUCCGCUCUCGGCACUCUCGAUCCGAGCCAUCCGAGUGGCACGCUCGCUCCGUUUAGCUCCGUUCCCAUCCACGGCCGCUAGUAUCUACCUGUUGCUCGAGCGACGAAGGCUGCACGCCUAUACCGAGGGCCCGUCUACCUGGCCGGGUACCGAGACCUACUCGGGUGGCGACACGACGUCGCGCACGCAUUUUUCUCUCCUCCUGCACAGCGGGAUAUUUUUCGUCGGUGAAUAGAUCCAAGUUACGAAGAUACCAAGUUGCUCCACGAAUCGAUCGGAGCAACGGACGAACGAUAAAAAGCAACAGCUGCUGUCCGUUAUCUUCCUUAUCAUACACGUGAUGUGCGUAUAAUGUUUCGAAUUUCUUUCUAUUCUGCGUCGCACGCGGGUGAUUAAAAUUCCUUUAUUACGCGUCGAUAAUGAUCUCGGCGCAUUUAUAAAGCAUUUACAUCGCUCGUUUCAAAAUUUUGUGCUCGACACACAGUGAUUUGAUAUACUUCUUACUUAGGUGAUUUAAGAGUGGUUUCAAAAUAUUCGGUAGUUCUUAUCCGUUUGACGAUUAGUCCUUUUUUUUAUACCAGAUACUUGUAUUACGAGGACGAUCUAAACCUGCUUUAAAUACUCCUCGUUUUGCGAAAGUGUAGUGUAAUCAGCGUCACUGUGCAAUUUACCAUGUCACGUGGUUGUGACACUAUUAUUACGAGGAAACGGAUUUUCUCGAAGAGUGACUACUUUAUCCGGUUGCGCGAUAAUUAGCGGAAAUGAAUGAGAUGAGUGGCGAUCGUUUCGAAUAAUCGCUGCCGGUGGUCGACACGGAAAAACGAACGAAUUAUUCGAGCCAGAUCGUACGUGACAUACCGAGUGACGAAGGGAUAAGAACGCCAGCGAUUUCAUUCGGAGGGUGAAAGACACCGCACCAGCACGGACCUGGUGCCGCAGCUACUGGGCAUGUUUGACGAGUUGGCGCGCCGUGGCGAUGACUACGAUGGCGAGCACGUGGUCUUGUCAUCGUCCUGCGGCAUCCCGCCGGCCCUGCAAAAACGUCUGAGCCUGGUGCCGACCGCCCAUCGAGACUCCAUACUCGGUCAGUUUCGCACUGGCAGUGACCUAGCGAAGUCUACGCAUCAGCGGGACGAUUCGAAAAGCAAGGAAGAGGAGAGCGAGUACGUCGAGAUCGCGGACGUCACCGUUACCGAUAACGCCAUGCUGGUGGAAGCGGUAGCGUCGCUACCGGAGGACGGGGAACGUAACGGGGAAAUCACCGAGAAGCCGAUGUACGAGAGGCGAGAGAGCAACGGUCUUAUCCCGCUCAGGUACAACAGACGACGCAGGAACGGCGCGGGUAGACCGCACUCCGGAAGCUCCAUCGCGUCCAGCACGUCUUCCAGUAGCUGCAGCAAUCAGGGCAACACCUGCACCGUGAAUCCAUAUUUGGCCUCGGUCGAGUCUCUCGCCGACACCUGCGCCAGUUCGCAGGGCUCCGCGGACAGCGGAGUCGCGACCGUCUCGGAAGCCAGUUGUAGAAUCUUGAACGACGACAAUGGACCGAGGAGGGACAGCGCCGAGGAGGGCCCCGUGUGCCACAGGCCACGUUAUUGUGAUCCCCAUCGUAACCCCGUCGAGAGGGUAUUGCUGGAGAUCGUGGAUACGGAGGCGAUAUAUGUCGAACAUCUGCGCCAAGUCAUUCAGGGCUAUCUGAUAUUCUGGCGGGAUGAUCCGCCUUCGUUCGCGCGCCAAUUGCAUCUCGGCGAUCUAUUUAGCAAUAUCGAGGAUAUUUUCGUAUUUAAUAGAGAAUUAUUGGGAGAUAUCGAGAGAUGCGGUUUGGAUCCCGUUUGCGUAGCGAAUACUUUUAUCGAGCACAAUACGGGGUUUAAAGUUUACACCGAAUAUUGUACCAAUUAUCCGAGGACGGUCUCCGUGCUGACCGAUUUGAUGGGCCGGGAGGAAACCGCGUCUGCCUUUCGCGAACGGCAAGCGGCUCUGGGACACGCUCUGCCGCUCGGAUCGUUUCUCUUGAAGCCGGUUCAGAGGAUCCUCAAGUAUCAUCUGCUUCUGGAGAAUUUAUCGAAGGAGUACGGCGCCGAUUGUAAUUUGAGAGAGAAUGAGGCUGACGAAGGCGUGAGCGCCAUCGAGGCUGCUCUCGCCGCGAUGACUGGCAUAGCGAAGCACAUCAAUGCCAUGAAGAGGCGGCACGAGCACGCCGUACGCGUCCAAGAAAUUCAAUCACUUCUGUACGGUUGGCUGGGACCAGAUCUGACUACGGGCGGCGAACUGGUCGCGGAGGGUCGAUUCAGGAUGCGCGGGGCCAAGGCACCACGGCAUGCUUUCCUCUUCGAUCGUAUGCUUCUUUUGACGAAAAAGAAGGAGGACGGUCUUCUUGUUUAUAAAGCUCAUAUCAUGUGUUCAAACUUAAUGCUGAUUGAAAGUAUCCCGGGGGAGCCACUCAGUUUUCAUGUGAUACCUUUUGAUAAUCCUCGGUUGCAAUAUACGUUACAAGCACGUAAUCUAGAACAAAAGAGAGAAUGGACCUUACAAAUAAAGAGAGUGAUAUUAGAGAAUUAUAACGCGGUUAUACCGUCGCACGCGCGACAAUUGGUGUUGCAAUUGGGUCAAACGCAACAAGAAGACGAUGCGUUGGCGGAUAAAGGAUCAGCGAAGAAACACUCCGCGCCUCCGGAAUAUCUGGAGAAACGUAAGCAAGAGAGGGAGAGACGUAGGUCCGAGACUGGUCUCAGGCAAAAGCUGAAAAAGGGCGUUAGAAAAUCUGAUACUACAAUGGAGGGUUCAUCUGUGUCGUCGCGCAAAGAUGACAACGAAGAUGUUGUUAAUGACUCCAGGGAGCAAACUCUUAACAGGUCCUCGGAUAUACGCGUCUCGAAAGUUAAGGAUCGCUUCACCGGCUGGAGACGAAAAUCCGAGCCAGGCUUCCAAUCGUACGUAUGUCUCAAUCACUCGGACGAAGAGCAGAAGGUAGACAUUAUCAACGAUACUCAAUCUACAACGGCCGAGAUCGAAGAAGCAGCCGAGAUUUGUGCCGAAAAGGAGAAUCAGAUAACGAAUUCAUCGUCGCCGAGCGAAGCCAAAGACAAUAAUAACGAGCAGCAGUAUGCUCCUCCGACGCAAACAGUGGAGGAGAUCGUCGGCCACAUUCUCAUGGAAAACCAAGAAUUCCAGAAACUGUUGGAGAAACAACGAACCAACAGUAUCAUCAAUGUGCGACAGCAACGAUUUAACAAGCGCAUCUCUGCGGAUACGUCAGACGAGAGCGACUCGGAGAACGCUAAUUACAUCGGCUCGAUCAAUCACAACAACAAUAGAUUGGGACGCGCUCGAGCGAUGCAUCGAGAACAGCGACUGAUUAGGACGAACAAUGCAUGGAAUUCAUUGUCUUCGGCAACGGCAGCGCGGGAGAAUCAGCAGCCGUUGCAGCUUUUUUACGACAACCUUAAGACCGUCCAAAAAUCAACAGAAAUGAUGGCGCGGAAUGGUAAGGCGAAUCACGUGCAGGAGAAGCGAGCGGCCUUUGAGACGUUUAAACGACAGAGCAUUGUCACCGAGAGCAAAGUGAUCAAGACGGCGCUUCGUAUCCGUGAUAAUUCGACGUCAAUGGAUAAUGAAGAGAGCCUCGUGCCGUCCCCGUGCAUGUCGAAUCACCGAGCAGCCGAGUGCAAGGAGAUCAACUCGAUUGUAAUGGCAGAACGUAUUGAAAAAGACGGAUCUGAACGGCGCAAUGGCGAAAGAAGCGACGCGAACGACACGGAAGAAGCCAGGGGCUUUGGCAACUACGACAAUUUGCAGCACGUCUGGGAGGGUCUGCAGACGGCGAAGGACGUCGACGGCGGCAACGAUAGCCCGACCCAGCCCGCUGUCUGGCUCACCAAGCUUUGCGAAGGUCUGCCCACCUCGCCACCAAAGUGCGGCUCGCUACCGCGUAGCUUCCAGAUAAGUCCUAACUCGCAACCAACGAGCGUGACAAAGUCGCGCUUUCUACAACGGGACGGCAAACCGAUGAGUGAGCGGCCGUUUACGAUAGCGUCUGACAAGCCAGCGGAGAUCAAUCUCGAAGACAUGGAGAGAUACGCGUCCACGUGUCAACCGGAGGGCAGAAUCGCCAAAUUUCCCAUGCCCGCCACCUCGACGAGUUCCAGCUCGUCGACCUUCUUCUGCUCGCUGGAGGACACCCGAUUGACCGAUGACGCUUACUCCGACGUACGUAUGUCCACCACGGACAGCGCGAAUAUUCAUCCAGACCACAAGAUCUACCGGGCGAACGGUAGCGGUGGCAGCGCAAUUUUUCGGAACGUUCUCUUCAAAGCGAGUAGUCGUCUGCAGGGCCGUCUGAGGAAUACCAUGAGCACGGAAACGCUCGAGUGCAACGACGAGCUCGAACGGACGCGCUACUUUCGUUCAUUGAGCGUUGCAAAUGGCAAGUGUUCGAAGAGACGGACUAAACACGCGAAGCAGCACGCGAGGGAACCGUCCUCGGACGCUGAGGAGCUGGUGGGCUGCUCGAGCGUCGGCUCGAUUAGCGAUCAGCGGGUACCCCAGCUCUAUUACAAGCAAGGCAGCUCCAGUCUGGGCGCCAGAAUCGCUCAGUCAGAUUACGCCGAUCCAACGAUCCUCUUCGCCGAGAACAAGCGCAUUCAGUCUUCUUCCAUUGACGUCAAACAAUCAUUCAGCAAGACCGACCAGUCGGAGGAGAAAGAUCACGGGGAGGAAGAGGAAACGAACAGCAACAAGGACGCGGAGCGUCGCGAAAGCGAAACGGACAGCUUCUACGAGAGGAGCUUCGAGACCAUCGAGAAUUACGCGGAUGCCGAUGUGGACGAGGUGUUCCGGGACAGUGCAAUAUUCAGCGAUGUCGACGAAGUAUUCGUAAUGCGGCAGUCGACGACAAUGACGACGACAACUGCGGCGACGAAAGUGAAAAUCGCACCGCCGAUACCCGCCAAGAGAAAGCAAGAAGCGUCCUCGAUGCCAUUGGCGAGUUGCAAGCCGAACGUCGCACAGAAGCCAGAUUACCUGAAGAUAAAGUCAGUAGCGAAGGGGCACAUCGUCGGUGAAUUGGAAGUCAAGGUCACCGCGAGGAUGAAUACGAUUUAUCAGCCGCAAGAUGAUUCGCCGAUUAAUUAUAAUCGGAGCUCCGAGAUUGAUAGGGACGACGUCUCCGCGGGGCAGAGUCAAGCGGGUUGGGUGAGAAAGAUAGUGGGUCAAUUGCAGGGGCACAUUGAGACGUGAUCCGUACUUAUAUACGAAUGAAUAGAAUUAAUUGCAAGAUGAGCCAAUAAAAGUUUCGAGCCAUAUUCGACUGGUUGUGUGAAUAAAAGUCAAGCAAAUGUUUUUAAGUUUUAUGAUUUAAAGAGAGAAACAACGUUCGUGUUUUAAAUUCAAGAAACUUGUUGAAUUAUUGAUUUCGAAUGAAAUUGUGCAAACGGUGUUUGCGAACUUACCCCAAGUAUAAUUCAGGGAUAUUACCUAGGAAAGUAUUAUCUAUUCUUUUGUAAGACAAAAAAACUUUGUAAAAAUAGGAAAUAAAAAUAGAUAAUUUGAUAGAAAGAUAUACAGUGAAAAUACUUAUGCUUUUUUUCAAUCCAUGAUAAAAUGCUCUUAUUUCGAGUGAAAUAAAUAUAAAACAAGCGAAUACUUUGUGUAUUCUAUGAAGUAUCUUGUAUAUCAUAUCAAAAACAAUUUUUUUUUAACAAAAUCUCGGUCGUUGAUAUUAUAAUUGCAUAUAAAUUAAAAAAAUAAUUUAUAAGAAAACAAUAAAUGUUGUUAAAUAAUGUCAUUGUCCAAAAAAUAUAUAUAGUGGAUAAGAACAGAAAUAUCCACAUAGAGAGUAAAUAUGCCUAUAUAAUAUUUCCAGCGAUCUCUAUCUAUAGAGAUAAUUUCCGACAAAAAUAAUUCUUAUAUUUCGACAUUUUUAUCCAUAAAUUAAUAAAAGUAUAAUAGCAUUUGCUUUGCUUUAUUCAUAUAAUCUAUCAUAUCGAAAAGUUUAAGAGCUAAUUUUAGUCAGUAUGCCUUCAACAUGUGCCUGGAACAUAAUUAACACAACGUGAUACUAUUACUCUAUAAUGAAUUGAUAUCUCACUUAACGUUGAUGUGCACGUAAUAAGCACAUCGACGUUCAAAUGUUCAUAUUAUAUUUCAUAAAAGCGUAAAAAAUUACAUCAAUUGUUCUCAAUUAAUAUCUACUUAUAAACUGUUGAAAUGUAUGUUAAAAUAAAUAUUGUUUGAUAUUUUACUUGUAUAUUAGAUAGAGCAUAUGAGAGAGAAACAAUUUUGAAUUAAACGAAGCAUUUAAAAGACAUUUAACGUUGUAUUUCCGAUCGAAGAGGUCGUCAAUUAAACUAUAACUAGAGAAUUU